AUGGCUUCAGAAGAAGAUGGAAGUCAUUUGAUUCCAGUAUCAGAGCUUCAAAAUUCGUCACCAGAUCAACAACAGGCAACUCUGAACAAAUACUUGUUACUUCAAUAUCUACAGAAUCAACUUCCUCUCUACGACGCUCUUAUCCCACAGCCCAGAGCACUAUGCAAUCCUCACUUCCCAACCGAGAGCCCCGACUCCGGGUCAAGUAUGAUCUCAAGACCUCUGAAUACUCCUCAGCCAAUAGUCCAGAUGGGUCCAAAUGGAGUUCUGGAACAAGUAACAUGGCCUCCAAACCAGAGCAAUUGCCCAUCAGCUCAUGACCAACCUGUCAACAUCCCAGAGGAACAAAACACAAGCGUCUGGAUCACCAAUCUCCCACCAACAUGCACAUAUGCCGAGCUCCUCCUCAGCGUGCGUCACGCAGGACACACUGGCAAGAUCUUCGCCACAGUAAUUCACCCGCCUCGAGGUAACCACGCGACGUCCGCGGCGAAAAUCGUCUUCUUCGACGUUGAAGGCAAGACUAGACUGCUAUCAUACGCAGCAUCAGGCGCAUUCUCCGUGAGCGGAUUUCUCCCCAACGUCAUCCCCAACCGAAACCGCACGGCGGCCCGCUUGCCCAGCCCAGAAUCCCGCGUUCUCUUCAUCUCAGGCCCGGCAGAAGUGGUGAAUUGGGACUUUCUCUGCGCGGAGUUCCAGAAACUCUGUUCUUUCGACCUCGAGUACAUUAGACAACGUGUUGAUAAUAGUACCGGCAGGGUGACGAUGGAAUGGGCGUUCGCAAGCUAUCGACGUCAGGCUGAGAGGGUGUAUGAGGCCGUACGGCACGCGCGAUAUAUGGAGAUUCGUUGGGGACAGGAUCCUUGCGAUCUACUCGGUGCGCAAGGGCUUCUUUCCGGUGUCUAG